UCUAGUUUGUGCAUCUCAGCGGGUGUGCUGCUGAACACUGUGCGAUUUUGGAUGCAGUAAUAUAAGCUAUUUGCAGCUUGUGUCCUUCAUCUUUCUUCAUUUGAAUUGGGAGGAAUAAAGUGAAUUUAAGCGAAAAUGGAAACUGAUGACAGUGAUCCUGAUAGUGGACUUUAUCCUUUUCAUUCUUUUCUAUUCGAUGUGUUUGAAGAUGAUAAACCGCAACAACCGGACGUUCAAUUACAAAAUGUCUACGAGCCAGGAUAUGAGGGAACCGAGUUACGUCGAGCGAUCAGAAGUGGCAACAAAUCGAGGAUUGAAAAUGUAUUGAACGUGUACCUGGCCGAUUUUGAUACAGUUCGUGAAUAUCUAGUUAAAAAAUACAAAAUCGAUAGCAAUGAUAAGAUAUGGUUCAGGAAAACCAUUCUUGUAGCUUCAACCGAAGAACAAUGUCGUAUCGCGAAGAAUUUUGAAAAAGAAUGUGUUCCGCAAUUCGGUCUGGAUCAGGCGAUUUUGGUCCUUCUUCAUUAUCCAAUAGAUGGCGAACGAGUUUCGGUGCUUCAUCCAAAUGAAAGCAAUCGAUUGAAAGCACUAAGUAUCGUCAAUUCUCUGAUUCCCAAUGGGUUUCUUUCGUGGAAUAGAUCGUCAUAUAAAGAUGAUCCGGAAACAGUCAUCGAAGCCGCUGCCAACUGUGGAAACAUCGAAUUGAUCCAAAGGCUCUACGAUCUGGGAGUCGAAUUGUCGAUUCCUGGACAGAAUCCUCUUAUGGCUGCUGUUAGACAGAAUCGUAAGGAAACCAUCGAGUGGCUUUUGACAGAACAUUUCGAUAAUUUCGAUUGCUCGGCCAGAGACAAUUAUGAAUCCAAUGCAGUGUUUCUUGCCAUGGAGAUACAACAAACAGAAACGAUGAAAUAUUGUUUCGAAAAAAUGCUUGCUUACCGGCAAAAGUAUUUCAACGAGACAACUAUUGAGGCUUCCAAUAACAUACUGAGAAUGGAGAACGGAUGCUGGACAGAUUAUUUUAUCUUCACAUUUGACAAGAAAAAACCCGGAAAGUGUCGUAAACUAGUUGAACAAUGGAUAGUUGAAUAUCAGUUCGAUUUGACGUAUCAAUGGAGAAGAACUUCGCAUUUAGAAAGUCUGAUUCGCUGCAAUUGCACUCUAGAAUACUGUUGGAAUGGAAUUCGAUCGAAUCCAGAAUUAUUGAGACUAAACUCGUAUUCGUCAGGAACGAUUAUUCAUUUGCUGGUGGAAAUGGGACAUCUUGAAAUUUUGAUAGAAAUGUAUGAAUGUCAUCCACAUGUUAAGCAGUAUUUCGAAACCGACCGAGCAUGGGAAGUGUUGGCUCAUGCCAUUGAGGGUGAUCGUCAUGAGGAGAUUCAGUUUAUUAUGAACCACCAUUCUGUGUUUAUUGAAGAAGAUUUAGACCAACUCCUGGAUGAACUGAAUUUACUGAGACGACGUUUUCACGGAAACAAUUUCUAUCAGAAGCAUGGCACCACAAUUGUAAAUUUGUUUCCAGAUUUAAUGGAUGAAAUCGAAGAUCUUAAAAAUGAAGAAGUUGAAUGCAAUAGAGUCAAUGAUGACUUGGACAACUCGUUCGUAGCUUACAAUAUAGAAAACAAUGAAUCGAGCAUCAAAAUACCAGAGGAAAUUACACAGUUAGGUAAUGUGAAAGGAACCAGAGGAGAAACACUCAUACACUUGGCCGUUCAGAAGAAUGAUAAAGAUCUCCUAAUCCGGCUACUUGAAGAUGGAUGUGACUUCGACGCCUUGGAUAACGAUGGCAAUCAUGCUAUUCACUACGUAAGAAAUGGUGACAUGCUUGAAUUUGUGCUUCAGAAACAUCCAUCAGGAAAAGAUCUUUUGAAAAUUACAAACGCUGAUGGUUAUUCUGUUUUACAUAAAAUUUGUAAACUCGAAAUCGAGCAGGAAUCCCAUUGUGAAUUGCUCCAGAAAGCUCUUGGCCAUGGAGCAAACGCAUCUCAACUCACAAACGCUGGAGAAUCGGUCAUAUACUUUAUCAGAAAUUGCUUUCUUUUGGAUAUUCUUCUGGAGCAUGGAGUCAGCUUGGAAACAGUCAACAAUAACAAUGAAACAGCUCUAGAAAGACACCUGAAAAGCAGAAACGCGGCAAUGGCUUGCGCUUUAUAUAAUUUGAUACAUGAAAAACCUGUUUUCAAAGAGCAUGCCCACAAAUUUCUUGCACUUAUAAUCGAUGGAUGUCAUAUGGAUAAAUUGUUUUUCGAGGACCUGGAUGACAUGUUCGAGAAGUUUCCAAAUACCAUAAAGCUGCUAUUCGAUUCACUCGUUCAACACUCUCCGGAAGAAGCCAGUCGAAUCUUCUCCGAAGCAUGUUAUCAUGGAAUAUACUAUGUCUUAAGAAAAUUUUUAGAAUUUGACUAUAAUCUAGAUUACAAUUAUAAAGGCAUUUAUGGUUACCCUAUCAUUGCCUUCUUAACGGAUAAGGAUGAUUAUGAAGAUAGCUCAGAUAUUUUUAUUUUAUUAAAAAGACUACUGGAAAAAGGAGUUGAUUUGAACAUAAAAAAUGAGCAUGGUAGAAAUGCUUUAAUGACAUUUUUUUCUGAUUUUCCUACGGUUAGAUGGGGCACACACAGCGUCGAUUCAGUAAAAUUGAUGAUCGACUAUGGAGCCCGAGUUAAUGAGUGUGAUAAUGAAGGAUUUACUGCUUUACACCUGGCGGUGGCUGGCCGCCAAUGGAAGUUGGUUGAAGCUCUGCUGCAAAAUGGUGCAGAUAGUAGCAUCAAGAAUCAUGAAGGGCUCACUCCUCUGGGAAAAGCACAAUCAGCUGUAAUUCAGGAGCUGUAUUACUUUAUUGAGUAAAAUAAAGGAAAAUAACACUUA